ACAAACGUAUUUAGAUAUUAGUAUCGACUCUGACAUCUUCAACGAAGUAUAUUUGAAAGCUGAGAAUAGUAAUAUUUUAAAUAAAUAAAUGUAAAUAGUAUAAAAGAAAGCAAUUGGAGUUUUAUAGCACAUAAAAACUACUAGAAAUUUAUGAAGGUACAGGAUGCCGUGCUCAGCAGUUACGCUUUCUAUCGCAACAAUAUCUGCAAUAAUUGCAACGGCUUUAUUAGCAAUCGCAUUUUCUACAGAUAACUGGUUGUACUAUGAAGUUAAAAGAAGUAAUAUCCAGAUGUUUGCUGCAAAACAUGCUGAUGCCGAUGACCUCUUCAAUAGCAUGACCAACAAAUAUUUUUACUAUACACGAACAAGAGGAUUAUUCCGCGUAUGUUUUCCGAAAGAAAGGCCCCCUCUGAAUGCAGUCCCAACAUACUUAUCGCCAAUAGAAACACAUUGCUCAAAUUUGGACUAUUUUCCUCAAAUUGAUGAUGAAAAGUCCUCGAACGAGGACGCAAAUUCCAGACUACACUUAGCGCGUUCAUGUAUAGCCUUAUUUGUUAUCGGCUUUGUAACAAUUUUCUGCGCUUUUUGGACAGGACUUUCUGGAUGUUGGAAACGAUCAUCCGGUGCCAUAACAGCUACAUCAAUUCUUUUAUUAGCAAGUUGCUUAAUGUCUGCUGGUGCUAUGGGUUUAUGGCAUACUGUUGAAUUUUUUGAAAAAGAGAAAGUCGUUGGUGAAGACUAUUACCAACAAUGGAAUACGGUUCUCAGGGAUAACACAAAAAUAUCGUACGAUUGGUCAUAUUUUAUUGCAUGGGCUGGAAUAGGUGCAUGUUUGCUUGCCGCAAUCUUACUGUCAGCUGCUGCUAUUUGCUUGCGGAACGAACGCGAAAAAGAAGAACAACUCAACUUGCAAUAUUUAAUGCCAGUUUAUUCACAGAAGCAACCGCCAUAUCCACCCUAUGCUAGUUACCCGCAACCACAAAUUUAUCCAGGGCCAUAUUACCACGGGUCUCAAUACGGACCAUAUAACUACUAAAUAUUUAAUACAUACAUAUGUAUCUUCAUAAAACACUAACCACUUUAUUAUAACGUAAUAUAUACAAACGUAUGUACACAUCUAUGACUAUGAGUAAAUUACUUAAAAUUCGUGUUAUUGUACUAGUAUCUUUUAAUUUAUUGUAAUUUGAUAUAACCUAAUAUAAAAAUAUAAAUUAUUUCUAAGGAAUUCAUUUUACAAUUUCAAAUAUUAACAGUA